AUGAUCUCCAAAGCAUCUUGUGCCAUGGCUUCCCUUCCUUGCACUAGGGUGAGGAGUGGGCUUUGCGUAUGGCCAGGCAUGAGACAACUUUGCCUUAGAAAAGGUCUUGUGUAUGGAUUCAUGCGUUUUCUAUCUACACCGUUUAAAACCUUGCGUGGAGCAAGUCGAACACUUAAAGUUGCUCAAUUUUGCAGCGUUUCCAAUAUGUCUUCUUCAUUGCAAAUUGAAUUGGUGCCAUGCCUUAAGGACAAUUAUGCAUAUCUUUUACAUGACGUGGACACAGGCACUGUUGGAGUUGUUGAUCCAUCUGAAGCUACACCUAUUAUAGAUGCUUUAAGUCGGAAAAACCGAAAUUUAACUUAUAUACUAAAUACUCAUCAUCAUUAUGAUCACACAGGUGGGAAUGAAGAGUUGAAAGCAAGGUAUGGUGCAAAGGUAAUUGGUUCAGGAGUUGACAGGGAUAGGAUUCCUGGCAUUGAUAUAGUUCUGAGUGAUGGGGAUAAGUGGAUGUUUGCAGGCCAUGAGGUGCAAGUAAUGGACACUCCUGGCCAUACCCGAGGCCACAUUAGUUUCUACUUUCCUGGUUCGGGGGCAAUUUUUACUGGAGACACUUUAUUUAGUUUAUCAUGUGGCAAGCUUUUUGAAGGAACACCUGAGCAGAUGCAUUCUUCCCUCAAGAAAAUCGUGUUGCUUCCAGAUGAUACAAAUAUAUAUUGCGGACACGAAUAUACAUUGAGUAAUGCAAAGUUUGCACUGUCUGUAGAACCAAAUAACAAGGCACUCCAGUCCUAUUCAGCCAACGUAGCACAUCUUCGCAGCAAGAGAUUGCCAACAAUUCCAACUAAGCUAAAGAUUGAGAAGGCUUGUAAUCCUUUCCUCCGCACUUCAAGUACCGAAAUCCGGCAGACCUUAAACAUUCCAGCAACAGCAAGUGAUUCAGAAGCCUUAGGCGUCAUCCGCCAAGCAAAGGACAAUUUCUAA